UAGCCGCUGUGUUUGGUCCGCAGUGCAUAACCGAGUUAUCGUUUUGCUACCGUGUAGCCAUGUUGUCGUUUUGCUUCUAAACCGCGUUCUUCUUUGCAAAGACUCUGUGCCUCUUACCCAGCCCAAGUCUCACAAUAGCCACUCGCCGGCCCAUGUAUGUAAUACGGUUAUCUUAGUAGCUGCAGCUGUACGGAGCACGGAUCGGCGGGACUGAGUCAUGGACAGUGCAAGGUCUGGACGAUGGGGAGAAAUGGACAGGGGACUUCUUUCUUUGAGUAUGAUGAUGGACAUGCGCCAUCCAAAUUUCCUACGCCUGGUUUACAACCGUGACGACUGGAGCGACGUCAUGGCCAAGAAGGGUGCCAGGGAGGUUCUUAUGGGCGUCAAGUACCCGGAUGACGGCACCAGGCGGUCUCUGUACGCGUCCUGGCUGAGGAUCUUUGCCUCCGGCGUUUGGCACGAUUCAUUCGACCACCUUAUGCUCGAGUGCGUCGCCGCCACGCCGUCGCCGACGACUCCCGGCACACCUCUCUUCGCUGAUAUAUUCAAGGUACACGAUCCCGUCGACCGGGCACCGCCCUUAGGACCUGUCUUGAACCUGGAAGAACUUCCUACCCUCUUCAACCGCAAACCCGAGAAGAUCGAGCCUCUUCCUGAAUCGCCGGGAUUGGUCACCUUUUUGGCGGACCUGAUACGGAAGAGUGGAGAUUGUCGCGAGGCUCUCGACGAAGCUGGUAUGAUCAUCGGCUUCUACAGCCUAGCACUAUCCGUUGUCGUAGCCAAGCCAGUCAGGGACGUCGAGGACUUCUUUUGGAAACGGAUGAAGAGGGCGUUGGCCGUGGCGGUGCCGACGUCGUUCGACGGAGAUGCGUACUUCCCCAACGGGAGGUUCUUAACGCCGCUCGCUCUCAAAGGCCACCGUGGCGUCGUGAAGCCUUACAUCGUGCUCCUGAUCCUCGGUCAGUACGCCUAUCACGUCAACAACGAUGCGGACUCAAGUGCUGACCAAAGAUUCCUGGAAGAAGGCUUCCUGACGCAAGCAAAGUUCGGCCACCUCGAGGUAGUGAAGCUCCUCUACGACGUGCAGGAUAAGACUGGACUCAGUGCCGAGAGUCUGAACCGAAUCCUACACAAAGGCCUCGGAAGCGAUGAUCCCGUCUCGAAGUCCUGCUUCCGCGUUGCAUGCUAUCUCGAGGGGGCGGAGGAGCCUACGCAGCGUACGAGACCCUGGAGUCGCGCGUCCAACUACUACUACUUCGCAGACCUGGACUUAGCCGACAACGUGGAGUACGCCAUGCGGCUGACAGCGGUCCUGGCGCCUGACCCAAAUGACCAGCGGUGGCAGGAGUUUGCGGACGCUGCUCGGCCGAGCAUGAAAGAUGCGCGACUUUGGGCCAAAGGCUUCAAUCGGGCUUUGCGCAAAGGAAAGUUUGCCGGACUGGCCAAGCAAGCCGAACUUCGUAGCAUGAUUCGGCGGUCCAGUGAGCCCAACCUGGGAUGAUAUUCCGGACAACGAUGUAAAAUUCCGCCGUCAAAUUGUCAAAUUCGUCAUCUUGCAAGUUCUCAUUGAUCCAGAGGGCUGCUACGACUUUUCUUAGUGGCUAAAAACGCAGCCAUUACAAAAUGUGACAGUGUGGCAGAAUGUGACGAUAUUUAGAAAAGCACCCCGUAAGAAUAUUGCGCUGUUAUUGCGAACUUGUACCGUGUCACUUCAAUGAUAGCUUCGUGGAACCAGUUUUGAUGUUUAAGGUAUUAUUCGCUAAUAAAGGGCCCCUGAUCACGAUCUGUAGGGAAUUUUGAUUAUGUAUUGGAACU